AUGGCUAAAAUUACUCCCCACAAGAAGCCUGACAUCACAGCAGCGAGCUGUAGUAGUAUAACUGGAAUUUUUAGAGAAGCAAUAGAAAGUGCGCAAAAGAAAGAUGGUGCAGAUAAAAACAGCCAUAAAUAUCUAGGUUUAGAUAUUCAUAACAACGGAGCAAAAACUGUUAUUAAACAUGAACGUAUUUCUUGCGACGAAGAAGAAUAUGGAGUGGAAAUGCAUAAAGGAAGUAAUUGCUGGAAGGAAACACCAAUUACUGGUGUUCGUUAUAAAUGUUUACAAUGUCCGAAUUAUGAUUUAUGUCAUUCAUGUUAUAGUGAGAAAGAAAUACAUAAUGAACAUUGUAUGGCUGCAAUACGACAACCUUGUCAGGACUUCAACCAAAUCAUAAUCGAUUACUAUUCGAACUAUUGUUGUGUAUCCCCAGAAAGUGAUAUGCCUGAUUCCCAAUUAGAGGUCGACGAUCCACUGUACGAAUCCGUGAAGCAAAUGGCUGGUAAACAUAAUAUUGUUAUAAAGGUUGUUAGCAGUGACCCACAUGAAAAGAUCCACAUGAAAAGAUAUCUCCACUGUGAAAAGUCCGAGGAUUUUCAUAACCUUGGUGGAAACUAUUUCUUUAGUGAAGAGUAUUAUCAAGAAAAGUCAAUAAAGGUGUUUGUUGUUCUUAUCGGUAAUGAUGCUAAUUGGCAGUUGCUAGAAGCAAUGACUCUAGUUACAUCUGUGUUUGUACUUGGUCAGAAGAGUUCGAAAAAUGAUGUCAAGUGUGAUAAAAUAGUGAAUUACUAUACGACAGAAGCUGAUCUACUGCUGGGUAUCAGAGUAGAAAUGGAACGAAUUGAUCAGCAUUUGGUUACAUUUAAUCUAUAUAAUUCGAAACAAAAUGGAAUACGAAAUUUAACAAAAAAAUCGGCUGAGUUUUUAUGGUUACAGUUGUUUAAAUAUGUCCUGUCUCUGAUGCCUGAUAAUUCAGACGAACAGACCAAACAGCGUAUGCUAAAUAAGUGCCGGGAAUACUACUAUGAUAGUGAAGUAGAUUUGAAAAAAAUUCAAAUGUUUGAAGAAACCUAUCAAUCAGCAGAGGCAAUUCAAUGGUACACGGCUGAGUCAUUUAUUUAUCGUAUGAUCAAUAAAGCAUUGAGAACCGAGAACAUAAUGGACUUGUAUUUAUUUCGCUUCUUUAUAUUCGAUCUUUCUUCAAGACUAAGAGAAAAACACUGUUUGCAAACAAUGACAUCACUACUCGUUUAUCGUGGACUAAAGCAAACCCAAAGUGAAAUUGAUGAGUUACAGCUGAAUAUUGGCAAUCUCAUAUCACCGAACGGUUUUAUAUCAUCCAGUCGUUCAAAAACAAUCGCUUAUAAAUUUGCUACAAAACCGUCAAAAUGUAACAACAAUUUGAAGCCGAUUCUAUAUGAAAUUGAAAUUUCGACCAGCGACUGUAUCCAUGCGGAUAUUGCAGAAUACAGCGAAUUCCCGUAUGAAGAAGAAGUGUUGUUCGACCUUGGGGUCAUCUUUCGUAUUGAAAAUGUUUUUUAUGACGAUAAUUGCAAAAUAUGGCUCGUUCACCUGAAAACAGUGAACAAAGGUCCCGAGCUCAUUGACGAUUACUUAGAAUACAGUCGUUCGGAAAUGUCAGAAACCAAUAUUUUACUUGUUUUCGGACAACUUUUGGUUGUUAUUGGAAAAUAUGUUGAAUCAGAGUUGUAUUUUGAGAAUUUAUUAGCUCAUUCUACAACUGAUCGAGCUCAGUGUUAUUUUCAUUUAGCUCGUGCACAAUAUUUUAAGUUGAAUUUCGAAAGUGCUUAUAAAAAUUAUAAUCAAUCAAUGUUGCUUGAGUAUGAAGAACUUCCAUUACAAAUGUAUCGUAUUGCUAAAAUUUUGAAUAAUAUCGGUGCUCUAUAUCAUUCGGUGCAUAAUCAGGACUUGGCGCUGAGCUAUUAUCUAUUAGCAUUACGACUACGAGGUCAGCAUUGUGCUACGCCUGUGCAAUAUGCUCAAAGUUUUAAUAACAUUGGUACUUAUUAUCAAAGAAACGGUGAUUACGACUGUGCAUUAGAUUAUCAUCAAUAUGCAUUGAAAUUACGUGAAACAUUUUUACCUCGAAAUCAUCCGGAUGUAGCCGAUAGUUAUGAUAAUUUGGCUCAAAUUUAUUCAUGUAAAAAUGACUACAAUCUCUCGAUCUAUUAUUAUCAAAGAUCAUAUGAAAUAAGAAGCGAAAUCCUGCCUGCAGAGCAUCCAGCUAUAAUUGAAAGUUUGAAAAACUUAGCAGUGGCUCAUACCUCAGCUAGUUAUCGAAAUAAAGACGAUGUGCAUCAUCGAAAACUAGCAUUAGCGUAUCGGCUAAAACAUAUUGAUAUUCUAAAAGAGUACCAACCGAAAAAUUAUUCAAAGAUUCUAGGCGAAUUGUCUUGCAUAUCUUACAUAUUUCAGAAUAGUGACAUCAAUGAACUGUCAGCUCCAGAUUUGGUUGAACAACUUAAUAAAUUAGAAGUUUACAGGGAAGAAAAUUGCAAUAAACUACCAAAGGUGUGGGUUUCCGCUUUCCGAUACAUUACUCGAGCGAUUGAUAAACGAUUGAAAGUUUGA